AUGACGGGCGACAUCCAAACUCAACCAAUCUCAGAUGCUCUCCAAAGCAAAAUCAACUUGUUCCGCACAACGACAGAUCUCCGAACAUUCCAAAUCAACACGCAAACGGACACAAUUUUCGUCAACCUCAAUUAUUUGGCUGAAAUCUCGGAAUACUUUCAUAUCCUCCGAACCGGAUCCUACACCGAGAAGACAUCUGAAAAAGUGAUAUUGGAUGACGUUUUCACCGAGGAACUUGUCAUCUUUCUGUCAUACGCAUGCCCGGAAGGCUUCGAGUUUGACCGCACUAUCAAUCAACAAAACAUCACAGCGCUCGCCUACUUCUCCGACCGUUUCAUGGUUCCAUGGGUGAAGCAAGAGAUUAAGAAGUACUUCAAGAGCGUUUAUUACCGUAUUCGCUCUAACAAACGUAAGCUCAAUUAUCUCGAUUUCUGUAAAAGGUGUCAGAAAUUUGUCUACUGCCAAAAUAUUCACCAUAUUAUCACCAAUAUUUCAUGUGCUAACUUACACUUUCACUGUUCGUCCACAAUCCUAUUUCAACUGGAACGACAAUCGCGCUCGUCUCUUCUUCUAAACAUCUCGAGAGCCACAUCACUACCAUGUCAAUACGCCUUUUCUUACUGUAUUUCCGUUGCUUUUGAAGCAAAACUGUAUAUUUUCUUGACUUUGUCACCUUCCAUCCCUGGCCUUCUGUAUAUUUGGGUUUAA